UUUAGUCGAGUUAUUUUGUCCAUUCGAAUCAAAUAUUCUUUGUUACGUGAAGAGUCAAGUUGAUAUUAUUUUUCGCCAUGAAGUUAACUUCGUUGUUAAUUUGUGGUUUUGCAUUUCUUGAAAGUUUUGUUGUUGGUCAUCUCGAUCUAAGCGAUGAUGAUGGUGAUGGUGUUGUUGGUGUAAGUCAGAAAAAUCUGGUAGAAUACGUAACUAAAGCUCUUAAUGGAUUCAAAUAUGUGAUGUUGAAAGGAGACGAGGAACUCAAUUAUCCGAUUAUGGAUCCUUAUGCACUGGAAGACAUUUCUUGGGAGCAUACUGAUUCACCUAGCAGUAAUAAAUACAGCCUGAAAUUUCUCCAAAAAAAUGAACCAGUUAAUAUAAAUGGACUCUCCAAUUAUAGAAUAACAGGUGUGGAUGUUGAUGCCAAAGACAUGAGAUUGACUUUCAAUAUUGUUUUCUCCAAUCUACGAACCGAAAUCCCCUACAAAUUAGAUGGAUAUUUGUUCAAGGGCGUUAUGCCAGUAUAUGGCGAAGGUCUUCUCAAAUUCUCUGCUCCUACUCAACGUUUAAAUAUUAUGAUUGAUUUGGAUAUCGAGAAUGGAUUCAUCAUAGUUGAUGACGUACGAGUUCAUCGAUAUAAAAAUAAUAUUGAUAUCGAUGUCACUGGUUUCAUGGAUCUAUCUGACAAGUUCGCCAACACAGUUUUGGAUGAUAUUUUACACAAUAUUAUCAUCAACCAAGGAAUCAAAGAAUUACAAAAAUUCGUGCGGAAUAAGGUCGAAGAAGCUGUUGGAGGAAUGACUAUGGAAGAGUUGUUCGGUUUAUUAGAACAUUUUGUAAAAAAAGAAAAAAAUGAUAAACAGUGAAUAAAUUUGUAUUGAAAUGUU